CAAUAAUUUCCCAAUUUCCCCAUUUUCCAUUUCCAACCACUCUUCACAAGUUGACCAUCUCCCCCCUGAUUUUCACAGGCGUCGCACUUCCCUCCUUUUUGACCUAAACCUCCUCAUAAACCCUUCUUCUUCUUCUUCUUCUUCUUCCUCCUCCUCCAUCUGGUCCCAGAUCCAGAGGUUGAAGAAGAGCUUUUUUUGAGGUCUGAGAAAGACGGUCAUGGCGGCCUCCCAGUUCCCGGAGGACUUCCGGUGCCCGAUUUCGCUCGAGAUCAUGUCCGACCCGGUUAUUCUCUCUUCGGGUCACACUUUUGACCGUUCCUCCAUCCAACGGUGGCUGGACGCCGGCAACCGGACUUGUCCGAUUACUAAUUUGCCCCUCCCCGACCCUCCCUCGAUCAUCCCUAACCACGCCCUCCGCAGCCUCAUUUCCAAUUUCGCCCAUGUCUCCUUGCCCGUUCCCGACCGGGUUCCCGAUCCGAAUGCCCUGAUCCAGAUCUUGGUUUCCAAAUCCACUCCGUCGGGAUCUAGACUCACCUCCCUCGACCAGUUGACUAAGCUCUGCAAGCGCGACUCCGCGAUUCGCCGCCGGCUGACCGAGUCCGGCGCGGUCUCCGCCGUGUUGAGCUGCGUGGGUGCGGACGACGCCGACUCCGGGCUUCAGGAGAAGGCCCUCCACUUGCUCCUCAACUUGAGCUUGGACGACGACAAUAAGGUCGGCUUGGUCGCGGAAGGCGUGGUGGGGAAAGUCGUCGCCGCCCUCCGCGGCGGCUCCGGCGACUCCCGCGCGGUCGCCGCCACCGUUCUCACAAGCCUGACGGUUGUGGAAGUGAACAAAGCCACAAUCGGAGCCUACCCUGAUGCGAUCCCAAGCCUGGUCUGGCUUCUCUGGUUUGGGAAUUCCAGGGAGAAGAAAGAAUCAGCCACGGCCCUCUACUCCCUCUGUUCAUUCCCGGAGAACCGGUUCCGGGCAGUUGAAAACCACGCAGUUCCCAUACUCAUACAGAAUUCCGGCUCUGGCCUUGAAAGAGCCGUGGAGGUUCUAGGGUUACUGGCAAAAUGCAAAGAGGGCAGACAAGAAAUCAUGAAGUAUGGGUGUUUCUUGGACACAUUGCUUGAUUUCUUGAGAAAUGGGUCAUCCAGAGGCGUCCAAUAUGCUCUCUUGACCAUUAACAUGUUAUGCACUUUCAGUGAAAGAAUGUGUACAGAGGCCAUCAGAAGAGGGGUUUUCGAGGCCUGUUUUCAACUGCUGGAUGAUGAGAAUGAGAAGGUGAGAAGGAAUGCCAGUAAUCUGAUUCAGGUUUUGCAAGGGAAGAAGGGAAUCUUUAGUAGAAAUGGAAUGCAUUGAUUCUUCCAUUUCAUGAUGAUGAUGAUGAUGAUGAUGAUGAUGAUGAUGAUGAUCCCAAAGGAGUCCUAGUCUGUCUUAGUGUUGGCUAUUGUCCCAGUUUCUGUGUUUUGGCUUUUUGGGAAGUGAAUGGGAAAGAAAUUUCAUUUAAGAAAUAACAGUGGCUGAA